AUGGAGAUACUCAAACGGUUCCCGGUCAAAACCCUAGCGAGGCUAACGUGCGUAUCAACCAUCCGCCGCCAAGAAUUCAACAAGCUUUGGUCUUCUUCAAACCAACAACGUCGUAGUAGUAGUAGUAAUACUCUCAUCUUCGCCUUCAAACGUGACAAAGGCUAUGGCCAAGACUGCUUCUUCUUCUCUUCACUUCAAACCAAGAAUCCACUCGAAGCCUCUGUAACAGCUACUUACCUCACAGCACACCCGGGAGACUUUUCCGCUCCUCCAUCUGUCCACGGUUUGAUCUGCUACGGACCUCCUUCUGAAAUACAACCCUACCACGAGACGGUCCACUACUCUCCCCAAGUUCGCUUCUCAGAGGAAGUCCUUGUGCCACUACUUGGUGUACGAUCCCAUCCACACUACUCUCCAGAGUCUCUUCAUAUAUGUAUAGACGGGGUUCUAUACUACGGAGCUUGUUUUGGGACGGGUACUACUACUAGUGGCGUUAUGAGCUUUGAUGUUCGGUCUGAGAUGUUUGAUGUUAUCAGAGUACCGCAAGGGAGAGCGAGAAAGUUUACGUGUAUGACUAGAUACAAUGGUAAGCUUGCUCUUAUCUACACUGUGUAUGGUAAAAUCGGAUCGUGGGUUUUGGAGGAUGCUGUUAAACAUGAAUGGUCCUCUACGUUUUUCGAUUUGCCGAGAUUGUCUGGAUAUGAUACAAAGUUUCAAGUGUUUUGUGCCAUUGAUGAUGCAGGGGAGUUUGUUUUGGCACCAAAGGAAUUGCAGGAAUCGACUUUCUAUGUUUUGUAUUAUGAUCCCAAGAAAAAGAGGGUGAGAAAGGUGGACGUGGAAGGAAUUACAGAACAUGAGGAGCUUCCACUUUGGGAUAAAGACUGGAAGCUUAGGACAAUGUCUAUCUUCCCUGGUCAGGUCUUAUAAUCCGUUUAUUGCUGCUAUAUUUUUAGUUUUGGUUUUGUCUCUGGAUUUUAGAGUUCAUGUACUCAUGGUAGUAAAGAAUUUCUUAUUUACAUUUGA